UAAAAUCUUGUUUUACAUAAAAAAAUCCGGCGCAAGGUUAUAAACUCUGUUUCAUCUUGACCGAAGCGACUGUUUAGUUGUAGUGAAACUAGCAGAACAGCAAUAUGAAAUUGUUUUGUUUAUUGUUUGGAUUGUGUUCUGUUGCUUUUGGCAAUUGUGAUGACCAACCAACGCCUCCAAAACUCCAACCACCAACAAGUAAACCUGACGACAUCCCUGAAGACGUCCGAGUAUUAAAAGAAACAAUAGCGAAAUAUGGCCCCCCACACGACUACAACCAGUUGGGCUUUCCAGGUCCUAAAGUGCUUCUUGACGAUGAAAAAGACUUAUUUAAAAAUAAACUAGAAUAUGAGGGGGGAUCAGAGAAUUAUACUUUGAGAAUACGCACAAUAACGGAUUAUUUCAGUUACACCGGGCAUUUCGAAGAAGUAAAAAUGCCCCAAAGCUUCAAGCAAAACCCCGAUAUUAAAGGGCAAUUUGCAACGCAUUUUGAGCGCAAAAGUGGCGGUUUUUAUAUUCGUACAAUUGGUUAUAAAGUUGACGAAAAUGGUUACCGACAAUUCUUGCUUGAUUUGACUGUGGCCAAAACAACUCUAAAACAAGUUUCUCAACCCUCUGUUUCGUUUUGUAGUAAUGUUAAUGGUGUGGGUAGUACCAUUAGUGGUCCUGGUUAUCCAAGUUAUGGUGCCCCUGGCAGUAAUACUGCUUUUAGUAGCUCAUUUGGUGGUUUUGGUGGUUCACCAAAUCUACCAAGUGGAAAAAUUAGCAUUUCUUCUACUGUACUCGCUACGUUGACAGGAGGCAACCUUGGCUAGCUUUUUGAAUAUUUGAAACCACAAGGGGUGAAACUGCGAAUUUUUUAAGUGCUAAAAAUAACAAAAUUUUUACUUUUUGGAUUUGAGUCACUAAUUCUUAAGUUUAUUUUGCUUUCUCACUCGGAAUUUAUAACAACUAUCUACAAUCUUUUUGCAUUUCAAUGAUAUCUGUUAUUGGUUCCUUUAUUGUAAUAAUUAUUAUUACAUAAUUGAAGGGACAAGCAAUUUGAACUUUUUUGUGUAUUUACUAGUUAUAAUUUGCAUAAAUUAUUUAUACAACAAAAUUCGAUUUUGUACAAAAACCGCAUUAGUUAUUGCUACUUUUUUCCUAUUUGUAUUUUAAGUGUUACUGUAAUAAAAUUAAUUUUUCUACGUGUA